GAGCCGCAAUGCCCAGCGCGGCCAUCGCGGGGAGACAGCGCCGCCCCGGCCCCGUCCCGCCGCUGCUGCUGCCGCCGCUGCUGCCGGCCCCCGCCGGAGCGAGCGCCCGAGCCGCGCGCGGCCGCGGAACAGGUGGCCGGAGGCGGCGGCCGAGCAUGUGAGCGGGGCCUGGGCGCGCCCGGGGUCGCGGCGCCGGGCAGGAUGAAAGUGACCGUGUGCUUCGGGCGCACGCGGGUGGUGGUGCCCUGCGGCGACGGCAACAUGAAGGUGCUGGACCUGGUGCAGCAGGCGGUGACCCGCUACCGCAAGGCGAUCGCCAAGGAUCCAAACUAUUGGAUACAAGUACAUCGACUAGAGCAUGGUGAUGGAGGAAUCCUAGACCUUGAUGACACGCUUUGUGAUGUAGCUGAUGACAAAGACAGACUUGUAGCCAUAUUUGACGAACAAGAUCCACAUCAUGGAGGCGACGGCACCAGUGCCAGCUCGACUGGCACUCAAAGUCCAGAGAUUUUUGGCAGUGAACUUGGCUCCAAUACCACUUCAGCCUUUCAGCCUUAUCAAGCAACAAGUGAAAUUGAGGUCACGCCUUCAGUGCUUCGUGCAAAUAUGCCUCUCCAUGUGCGGCGUAGUAGUGAUCCUGCACUGGUUGGUCUUUCAACCUCUGUGUGUGAUACAAACUUUCCUGCAGAAGAGCCUUCACGAAAAAAUCCUACAAGAUGGUCCACAACAGCAGGCUUCCUCAAACAGAAUGCCCCUGGGGGACUACCCACUAGUCAUGAGAGAAAGAAAGAUGAAAACUACAGAAGCCUACCACGGGAUACUAGUAGCUGGUCUAACCAGUUUCAGAGAGACAAUGCUCGCUCAUCGUUAAGUGCCAGUCAUCCCAUGGUGGACAAGUGGCUGGAGAGGCAAGAACAGGAUGAAGAUGGGGUGGACGAGGACAGCAGUAGAGUUGAGCCAGUUGGACAUGCAGAUACUGGUUUGGAAAAUGCAACAAAUUUUUCCCUGGAUGAUAUGGUAAAGCUCGUAGAAGUCUCCAACGACGGUGGGCCUCUGGGAAUCCAUGUAGUGCCUUUCAGUGCCCGAGGCGGAAGAACCCUGGGGUUAUUAGUAAAACGAUUGGAGAAAGGUGGAAAAGCUGAACAAGAAAACCUUUUUCAUGAGAAUGAUUGUAUUGUCAGGAUUAAUGAUGGAGACCUUCGCAAUAGGAGAUUUGAACAAGCACAACAUAUGUUUCGUCAAGCCAUGCGUGCACCCAUCAUGUGGUUCCAUGUGGUUCCUGCAGCAAAUAAAGAGCAGUAUGAACAGUUAUCCCAAAGCGAGAAGAACACUUACUACUCCAGCCGGUUUAGCCCUGAUUCCCAGUAUGCUGACAACAAAAGUAUUAACAAUGCUGGACUUCACACUUUACAAAGAAUAUCUAGAGCGGGUAACCAGUCGGACCAGACAGACUCUUACUCACAGCUACCUCACAGUGUGAAUUCAUCAGGGAAACCACCAUCAGGCCUGGCUCCAUCCCCUCAAAAAGUUCUUACCUCCAUUGCAAACAGUGGAUAUAACACAAAAAGGAUAGGAAAGAGAAUUAAUAUACAGCUGAGAAAAGGUACAGAAGGCUUAGGGUUCAGUAUCACUUCAAGAGAUGUACCAAUUGGUGGCUCAGCUCCAAUUUAUGUGAAGAACAUCCUUCCCAGAGGUGCAGCCAUUCAAGAUGGGAGACUAAAGGCUGGAGACCGACUGAUUGAGGUAAAUGGCGUCGAUUUAACAGGCAAAACCCAAGAGGAAGUUGUCUCCCUGCUGAGAAGCACCAAGAUGGGAGGGACUGUGAGCCUUUUGAUUUUUCGUCAGGAAGAAGCAUUCCAUCCAAGGGAACUGAAUGCAGAGCAAAGCCAGUCACAUAUUCCAAAGGAAACGAAAGCAGAAGAAGAAGAUCUUGUUCUUACACCUGAUGGCACCAGGGAAUUCCUAACAUUUGAAGUUCCACUUAAUGAUUCUGGUUCAGCUGGACUUGGUGUCAGUGUCAAAGGUAACCGGUCAAAAGAAAACCAUGCAGACCUAGGAAUCUUUGUGAAGUCUAUCAUUAAUGGAGGAGCAGCUUCUAAGGAUGGCAGGCUGCGAGUGAACGAUCAGUUAAUAGCAGUAAAUGGAGAAUCCUUAUUGGGCAAGACAAACCAGGAUGCUAUGGAAACCCUAAGAAGGUCCAUGUCUACAGAAGGAAACAAACGAGGAAUGAUUCAGCUUAUUGUGGCUAGACGAAUAAGUAAAAGCAAUGAGUUGGAGUCACCUGGGAGCCCCCCAGGGCCAGAGCUGCCUGUAGAGACUAUACUGGAUGACAGGGAACGCAGGAUUUCCCAUUCGCUCUACAGUGGGAUCGAGGGGCUCAGUGAAUCACCCACAAGGAAUGCUGCACUAAGUAGGAUAAUGGGUAAAUACCAGCUGUCUCCAACGGUGAAUAUGCCCCAAGAUGACAUGGUUAUUAUUGAAGAUGAUAGAUUGCCAGUACUUCCACCACAUCUUUCUGACCAGUCAUCAUCUAGUUCUCAUGAUGAUGUGGGUUUUGGAACAGUGGAUGCUGGUGCAUGGACUAAAGGCACAAUUAAUGAGUCCACAGACUGCACUCUUAGCCCAGAUGUUGAUCCAGUGCUUGCCUUCCAGCGAGAGGGUUUUGGACGACAGAGCAUGUCAGAAAAGCGCACAAAGCAAUUUUCAGAUGCCAGUCAGUUGGAGUUCGUUAAAACACGAAAAUCCAAAAGCAUGGAUUUAGGUAUAGCUGACGAGACUAAGCUCAGUACAAUGGAUGACCAGAAAACAGGUUCCCCAACCAGAGAUGUGGGACCUUCAUUAGGUCUGAAGAAAUCCAGUUCAUUAGAAAGUCUGCAGACAGCCGUUGCUGAGGUGACUUUGAAUGGUGACAUUCCUUUCCAUCGUCCGCGUCCACGGAUCAUCCGAGGACGAGGCUGCAAUGAGAGCUUCAGAGCUGCAAUUGACAAAUCAUAUGAUAAACCUGUUGCAGAUGAUGAUGAUGAAGGCAUGGAAACCUUGGAGGAAGACACAGAGGAGAGUUCAAGAUCAGGUAGAGAAUCUGUGUCCACAGCAAGUGACCAGCCAUCUCACUCACUAGAGAGACAGAUGAAUGGAAGCCAAGAUAAGGGGGACAGGAGAAAAGCUGGGAAGGAUAAGAAGAAAGACCGAGAUAAAGAGAAGGAUAAAAUCAAGGCAAAGAAAGGAAUGUUGAAAGGCUUGGGAGAUAUGUUCAGGUUUGGCAAACAUCGCAAAGAUGACAAGAUUGAGAAAACUGGUAAAAUAAAAGUGCAGGAAGCCCUUACUUCAGAAGAGGAGAGAAUACGAAUGAAGCAAGAACAGGAGAGAAUUCAAGCUAAAACACGAGAAUUUCGAGAGAGACAAGCUCGUGAACGUGACUAUGCCGAGAUCCAAGAGUUUAACCGGACAUUUAGCUGUGAUGCUGAUCCAAUGUAUGCUGGAAUUGCUUCUUAUGACUCUUCUUCAAAUAGUGGUACAAUGACUUUGAAUAUCAGACCACAGAGCCCUAGGGAAGGACAGACUGUUGAAGCGUUGUACGCCCAAGUGAAAAAACCACGAAAUUCAAAAUCUUCACCUAUAGACAGCAACAGAUCAACUCCUAACAAUCAUGACCGGAUACAACGUCUGAGGCAAGAAUUUCAGCAAGCAAAGCAAGAUGAGGAUGUAGAAGACCGGAGACGUACCUAUAGUUUUGAACAACCAUGGCCAAGCUCCAAGACAUACUCACAGAGUGGCAGACACUCUGUGUCUGUAGAAGUUCAGAUGCAGCGGCAGAGACAGGAAGAGAGGGAGAGUUUUCAGCAAGCUCAGCGCCAGUACAGUUCAUUACCCAGGCAAAGCAGAAAAAAUGCCAGUUCUGUAUCACAAGAUUCCUGGGAGCAGAGCUAUUCUCCUGGUGAAGGGUUCCAGACUGCAAAAGAAAACCCCAGGUAUUCCAGCUAUCAGGGAUCAAGAAACGGCUACAUGGGAGGACAUGGCUUCAAUGCAAGGGUAAUGCUGGAAACACAGGAACUGCUCCGUCAAGAACAGAGGCGGAAAGAACAACAACUGAAAAAAAAGACAUCUUCUGAAGGGUCUAACAAUUAUGACUCAUAUAAAAAAAUUCAGGACCUUAAUUAUACUUCUCCAAAAGGCCCUUUUCGGCAAGAUGUACCACCUUCACCUUCUCAGGUAGCUAGGCUGAACAGACUACAAACGCCGGAAAAGGGAAGACCAUUUUAUUCUUGAACUGAAGCAAAAGAAGAUCAAUGUAUCACGCAAUAAGGAACAAUUUCAUAUAAAGACUCGUAUUUUGAAAACUUUUUAAACUGAUGGUACUAAGGGGUAUAUGUGUUGUCUGUUUCAGUGCCUUUAACAAUAUAGGCAAAGAGUUGGUGGGCCUUAUGUCUUUGCUAUUCUGUCUCAAGUGUUAUAUUCAUGGAAGGAUUUUCCACCAUUUGACAAUCAUACCUUAGGUAAGCAACAUGUCUCCCUUGGUUAUCGAGCAUCCUAGCCCAGUCCAAUGGCUGUCAAUGGCUUAUAAGAAUUUGUUAUAAUGCAUUCUGUUUUUCAGUGAGUUAUUACACCAACAUACAACACUGUGGCAUAAAAUUAAUGAAUUUGAAGUUGAAGAAAGCAUUGACAUAUAUAUUUUUUUUUUAUUUCUCUUGGGGUGAGGGGAGGGUUACAUAUCACUUUGGAGUGGAUAGGGCUCAAGUCCACUCAGGAUAUCACUUUAAGAUGUUUUAUGGUGGAGUCAUUUACAGUCUUUGUUGAUCAAUAUUUAACUGUCUAUAUGCUGAAAUUUUUUUUCCUACUAUGCACAUGUGCAUUCCCUCUCCCCCCACCCCCCUGCACUUAUAGAAAAAUAUUUAUCCUGAUUUGUGAGCAAAACAAUAUUCUGGCUUUCAGUGUUCCUGGGAAUCCUGUUACAUUUGUCUUCUAUUUUCACACACAAUGUAUUACCAGGGAAAUAACUAGAGAGAGGCUAUUAUAUUUAUAAAUAAAAUCUCAGUCAAGGCAGUGCAGAUAUAUCUGUUCUUACAUGAAGUAUAGGGUAUAGUGGAAAACCAGCAACUGGGUUAUAUAUUGUUUUUCAUAAACAUGAAUUUGAUCAGAUGAAAACCAUAUAUACGAAAAGAAUGAGGGGAAGAAUCAUCCCACCAUCAUCCUUUAUGUGUUGAUAAUCUGGUUUUAUUUUGUCAGGCUUGGGAGGGGGACUCAAAGCAAGAGAAAAAUGAAAUUGGACGUUUUUGGAUCAAAAAGCCCUGAAAAUAGGAUUUUUCUACAACCUGUAAAGUCUUGUGGGCAAUUGCCUUGUGCUUCCAUAUGCUGUAUCUUUGCAUUGUGGUUUCACAUCAGAAAUAAACUCUGAAGUGUUUGCAGAAGAGAUAAAUGGAGAAAAAAAUGUUACACAUCAUCCCAAAAGCGUGUCAGUGUCCAAAAAUAACCAAAGCAAAAUGAUUGCUCUAACAGUGAUAUUUUAAUGUGCAUAUGGGAUAUGAGAAUUUCUUUUGCAGCAGCUGUUUUUAUGUUUGUUGGUCUGAACUUCUUGUAUUGUAAACAUAUAGCUGGGUUGCUAAAGUGCCUGCAAAUCCUGAUGUGAAAAGGCUUGAGAAAAAAGCUCAGCAUAUCGUGUGAAAAAAAGAAAGAAAAAAAAUCAUGUAUUGCGUGAUUUAAAAUAUGCCUUUUUUUUUUUUUACCGGCACAUUUUAUUUUUGCGUCAACCUGUUUUUAGAAUAUAUGUGAAAUUUCAGCACACAUAACUGUGUCUUUUAUGCCUGUUUGUAAUGGUUUUUGCUGUUAAUAAUGUAAUCCAUGUUUAAAAAUUGUUACUAAUGUAAACACAUUGACGUUGGAUGACUAUGGCCCUUUUACACAGAGUUUACAAAACUGUGUAAAAUAGCUUUCCUUGUACAUAUAAAAUUUAGAAUAAAAGACUGUUUCCAUCCUG